AUGGUGGCUAUAUUCCAGAUGCCUAUCAAUGACAAUGGCCCGCCAUACCUGCAGCACUGUUGCAAUGGAGCACUAAUCAGCGAUCGAGCCGUACUGGCUACGGCAUACUGCCUAGAGAACUGUGGUGGAAGAGCCAGCCGAUUGCUGGCGCGACUUGGCGAUUGGGAUCUUUACUCAUCCAUCGAGCCGAUCCCACAGAGAGACGUGCGAGUGCGCAUAGGUCACACGCAUCCAGAGUAUAGUGAUUACUCACUGAUUAACAAUAUUGCUGUUCUGGAGCUGUCCACCGUUGUGCAGUACGGACCAACCAUUCAACCCGUAUGUUUACCAGAGAAGAACUACACCAUCGGUAGUGAAGAAAGCUUGAUCUUCUCCGGAUGGGGCGAAACGGUUAAACCCGCAAGACCAAGAAAUGGACACAACUUUUUUAAAAAAGUUGCGCUGCGUAAUAGUGAAUGGGACAUAUGUAAGGAAGAGAUUGUACCGUAUGAUCUAUCCAAUCGUAUUAACCUUCACAAUAGUCUCGUGUGUGCCACUAGGCAGCAUGUAGAAAUACCGUGUCGCGAGGAUGUAGCAGCACCGGUGGUAGCAACAGUGCCGAAUUCCGAGGACAAGUUCUACUUGCAUGGUUUAAUGACCUGGGGAUUCUAUUGCCAACAACCGGGUCGUACAGCUACGGCCUUGACCAAUGUUCAACUUUUCCGGGAGUGGAUCGAUGAAACUCUCACCCGAAUAAGUUCAACCACAACAUGA